AUGGCCUACGACCGCUACGUUGCCAUCUGCAAACCCCUGCACUACGGGACCCUCCUGGGCAGCAGAGCUUGUGCCCACAUGGCAGCAGCUGCCUGGGGCAGUGGGUUUCUCCAUGCCCUGCUGCACACUGCCAAUACUUUUUCCCUACCCCUCUGCCACGGCAAUGCUGUGGACCAGUUCUUCUGUGAAAUCCCCCAGAUCCUCAAGCUCUCCUGCUCAGAUGCCUACCUCAGGGAAGUUGGGCUAAUUGUGGUUAUUGCCUGUUUAGGAUUUGGGUGUUUUGUUUUCAUUGUGGUGUCCUAUGUGCAGAUCUUCAGGGCCGUGCUGAGGAUCCCCUCUGAGCAGGGACGGCACAAAGCCUUUUCCAUGUGCCUCCCUCACCUGGCCGUGGUCUCCCUGUUUAUCAGCACUGGAUCAUUUGCCCACCUGAAGCCCCUGUCUGUCUCCUCCACAACCCUGGAUCUCGUGGUGUCACUUCUGUACUCGGUGGUACCUCCAGCCAUGAACCCCCUCAUCUACAGCAUGAGGAACAAGGAGCUCAAGGAUGCAGUGUGGAAACUGAGGACUGGAUGUUAUUCAGAAGCAAAAAACUGCCCCUCUUCUGCAUAG